AUGGCGGCGAAACGGUCAAAGAAUCAAUUAAGGAGAGAAAGGCUCAAGCAGAGGAAGCUUGAGGGUCAUCCCGUAGCGGCGCCGUUGGAGAACGGAGGUGAAGAAGGAGGAAAAGGAGAACAACAGCAUGAACAAAGUAACAUCACAGACGAGGAGGCAACACUCAAGCGCAAGCUGCCUUCUGACCCCCAAGACGAACUCACUGAGCAGGAAGCGGUGGAAGAGGAAAACGAAACACCCACUGAGAUUAAGGACAGCCCACUCUUGCAAGAGUUUGAGUCGAUAUUCAAGAAAUUCAACACAUCGGGUGAAGAACCACCCCAGUCUAGUCAACAGCUACAACCGUGCCACAACGAAACCCCUUCAAGCUCAUCCGAGGACGACGACGACGACGAUGACCACCACGAUAGAAACAACGAAUCACCACCCAAGCAACCAGCACAGCUUUCCAAACGCCAGUACCGACUACGCAACAAAGUGCCCCUCUCAUCGCUCAAGAUCUCCACCCACAGACCACACCUAGUCGAACCAAGCGACGUCGACGCCGCUGAGCCCUACCUACUCGUCCACUUGAAAUCGCAACCCAACGUCAUCCCCGUCCCAUCGCACUGGAGCUCGAAACGCGACUAUUUAUCAAGCAAGCGCGGCGUUGAACGUGCCCCGUUCCAACUCCCGAAAUUCAUCCGCGAUACGGGCAUCGCUGAAAUGCGCCAGACUUCCACUACCGAUGACAAGACAUUGAAGCAGCAGCAGCGCGAGCGCGUGCAGGUGAAAUUGGGCAAGUUGGAUAUGGACUAUGAGAAAUUGUACCGGGCCUUCUUCCAGUACCAAACUAAACCGCGGUUGUUUCUGUAUGGUGACGUGUAUGAGGAAGGUAAGGAAAUGGUUGAUGAGUUGAUGAGUGAGGUGGCUGGUUUUAGAGCUGGGGUGGUGAGUCCAGAGUUGAGGGGUGCGUUGGGGAUGGAUGCACAGGAUACGGGGGUUGCGCCGGCGUGGAUUACGAUCAUGAAGGAUAUUGGCAAGCCUCCGAGCUUUGCCGAGUUGAUUAUUCCGGGUGUUGAUGUGGCGUAUGAUAAUUUGGGGUAUCGGGAUAAAGACGGGAGCAGGGCGUUGGAUGUCAAGUAUUGGGGCCGUGUUCGGGAAGUUGCAGAGAGCGAGCUGGAGGAGGAGGAGGAGGAGGAGGAGGAGGAGGACGCGAUGGAAGAGGAAGAGGAUGUGGAGGAAGAGGAUGUGGAGAACGAUGAUGAUGAAGAAGUGGCAGGAGAAGGUGAUGAUAAAGUCGAGGAAGUAAAUGAAGCGGAGGAAAAUGAGGAACCGGAACCUCGACAACCACUUGCGGAUUUGCUAUCUGACAUGGCCGAUGACGCUGACAAGCAGCAAAAGCAAGCGGCCGAAAAGUUUCUAUACAAGGUGUUGGCAGAAAAGAAAUCAGAUGGCUCAAUGACAUCGCACACCUACAACCUAAAGGAGGAGGAAAAGUAG